AUGCUGGGACCAAUUUCAAGCCAGCUGAUCUCGCUUUCACUCCUGGCAGCAGCACGGGGAGGGACGGAGGUGGGAGCGGUGGGACCUGGUUCUCCAAUUGGACCCGAGCUUGGGGGCGGCAAGUCAUUCAGGAAUUUGUUGGCCGCCCGACGUGUCACUGGAGGUGCGAGGCCCAAUACGCGGAAGGGCUGGAGACGCAAAGCUUCGAGCCUCAGAAACGCGAGUUCAUUCGCGUUAGUAUCAGGGUUGCGGGACGUCGGUGUUGCAGAAGUUGAUGUGGAAGUCGUUAGUGUUAACGACAUUGCUGGCGACGAUGUCGUUGGCGUUAACGGGGUCAUUGGCGCCGACGUCGCCGACAGCGACAACGAUGCUGGCGUUAACUGGGUUAUUGGUGACGACGUGCUGACAUUGGGACCAAUAGGGCCGGACAUAUUGGCGGAAAGUGCGUGGCCAUACUUUCUGUGCGCGUCGCUUCUUCAAGUCGCAUGA